UUGUCUGUGUGGCGGUUAUGAAAACCGUUUUGAGUUUUCAAGUGAGACUUAUUAGCUGAAUAUGAUAUUUUACAAUUGACAUUCAUUACUGUCACCUUAUUUAUUUGUUUUAAAACAUUUUACUGGGUUGCUCCUGAUUUCAACUAACCAACUUCCUUCUCUUGGUGUGUUGAAUAUUAACGUUGUUUCGAAGCUUACACAGUAUUGACGAUGAACGUGUAAAACUACACGCCUUGAAGCCGAAUUGCUAUUAUCGCCGCUGGAGAGUAGAAAAGCGUGGUGUCCUGUGAUUGGCUGCGGCGGAGCUCCCGCCUCUUGUCCUCUCGUGGGAGUUGUAGUCUUUACAGCCGCAAACAACAGGCGCUCCUAACGACGUUUAACCAGGAAGAGGACUACAAACUUGGAGGGGCGGGGUUUAGCUUGACAGCCUGUUGUUUGGAGGCGUGUCCCCGGGCGGGCAUGGGACUGGGUGUCUGUAGUGACAGCUCAGCCCGCAGACAAGAGCUGCAGGCCCAACGUUUGCUGAGAGGAAGUUUUAGUUUUAAAGCACAGUGAAGAGGAGCGCGAGAGAAAAGCGACAUGCUGAGGGGAAUCGGCCUCCUCCUGCCUGUCCUGGCUCUCGGCGGACUGCUACAGUCAGAGCUCACAGGAGUCCUGGACGACUGCUUCUGCGACGUCGAGAGCAUCGACGUCUUCAACAACUUCAAGGUUUACCCGCGCAUCAAGAAGCUGACGGAGAAGGACUACUUCAGAUACUACAGGGUGAACUUGAAGCGACCGUGUCCCUUCUGGCCCGACGACGGACACUGUGCCAUCAAAGACUGCCAUGUGGAGCCUUGUCCAGAGAGUAAAAUCCCAGUGGGCAUCAAGUCCGGGAACUACAACAAGUACUCGCAGGCAGCCAACACAAUGUCGGACAUGACGGAGUGCGAGCAGGCCAAAGAGCUGGGCGCCAUCAACAGCACCCUGAGUAACCAGAGUAAAGAGGCGUUCGCUGACUGGGCGAGACACGACGACGCUCAGGACCACUUCUGUGAGCUGGACGAUGAAACCUCUCCAGAUGCUGAGUAUGUGGAUCUGCUGCUGAACCCGGAGCGAUACACCGGAUACAAGGGUCCUUCAGCCUGGAGAGUCUGGAACAGCAUCUAUGAGGAGAACUGCUUCAAGCCCAGAUCAGUGUACCGGCCUCUGAACCCUCUGGCUCCGAGCAGAGGAGACGAUGACGGUGAAGGUUUCUACACGUGGCUCGAAGGUUUGUGUUUGGAGAAGCGAGUUUUCUACCGACUCAUCUCGGGCCUCCACAGCAGCAUCAACAUCCACCUGUGCGCCCAGUACCUGCUGGACGAGGGCUGGGGCCGCUCGGUCUGGGGCCCCAACGUUCAGGAGUUCCGGCAGCGCUUCGACACGGCAGAGACCAAAGGCGAGGGCACGCGGCGGCUGAAGAACCUGUACUUCCUGUACCUGAUCGAGCUGCGCGCGCUCUACAAGGUGGCGCCGUACUUCGAGCGAGCGUUUGUCAACUUGUACACAGGAAACGGUCAGGAGGACUUGGCCACCAAGGACCUGCUGCUGCAGCUGUUCAAUGAGAUCAAAGCUUUCCCCAUGCACUUUGACGAGAAGUCCAUGUUCGCCGGACACAAAAUGGAAGCCAAAACAUUAAAGGAGGAGUUCCGCCUCCACUUUAAAAACAUCUCGAGGAUCAUGGACUGCGUGGGCUGCAGUAAAUGUCGCCUGUGGGGGAAGCUGCAGACUCAGGGUCUGGGUACGGCCCUGAAGGUCCUCUUCUCUGAGAGGGAGAUCCAGAACCUUCCUGAACACAGCCCCUCCAAAGGCUUCCAGCUGACCCGGCAGGAGAUCGUGGCCCUGCUGAACGCCUUCGGCAGGUUGUCCACCAGCAUAUAUCAGCUCCACAACUUCCGCCUGCUGCUGAAGGAGAGCAGGUAACAGAAGGUGAUGUUCCACCUGGCCAGUAGGCGGCGCCAGCCCACAGAGAACUGCAAUAGUCUAAUCCUCACCUGGAAGGACUUUUUCAUCAGGAUCAGCAGUGAACACCCUGACUAACGCUCUGUCUCUUUCCCCUCUGUACCUCCUGCUCCUCCUCCUCCUCCUCCUCUGUGUGGCAGAUGAUGAAUGUUAACUCCUCCUCCUCCCCCUCUUUUCUCUGCUGUAAAACUUAUUGGCCAGUGAAGAACUCUGACCGUUUCUCUUCUAAGUUAUUUUUUGGUCUCUUCUGAGAAGUCGGCCAGUGGAAUCAGCAGGGUGGUUGUGAUGUUGAUGAAACAAACCAAAUGUUUGGAAGGAAGUGACAUCACAAAGCAGACGGCGGCCGUUGACGGACUCUUGAUGGCCACGUGAAGGUGGUGUUCAACAGGAAGUGACUGAGCUUGAUUGAGUUUAAAAACAGUCAUGUCACUCGCCCUGCCCCCCUCGCUGACCCCGCCCUCUGGUGACAUCACAUCCCGUUGGAUUUUCCACUCACGUGACCCUGAGUCAGACCUCCUUCUAGAAUGUAGAAAUGAGCUGUCCUGACGGAGGACUGAGGACAGACGGACGGCCGAGCGGACGCCGUUUGUCUGAUGCUGCCUCUUUGUUUUUCUCUUCUCUCUCACAUUCUUGUCUUUGGAGAAGUUUGUUGCUCAAAGCCUGAGGAUCUGGACCAAUCAGCUCGUGUUUAUCAUCUCAGGCCUAAUUUAUGUCAGCUUGUUAGGCGGUGUGUGUGUGUGUGUGUGUGUGUGUGUGUGUGUGUGUGUGUGUGUGUGUGUGUGUGUGUGUGUGUGUGUGUGUGACAGACGUACAUCUCCACUGGCCACAUGUUGGUGGAUUCCAGCCGUGUCUCGUGGCCUGCGUGACUCUGAGGGUUUCCUCCAGAUGAAGCUGAGCUCCUCUUGAAGAGGUUCUGUCCAGCUGUUCAGCGUCCAGCAGCAGACUCGGCUGUGUGAAACAGGAUUAUCAGACCAGCUUCAGUCAGAAGGAAACGUCGGGUCACCACGUGAAGCUGACGGCCGCUUGGCUGCAGAUUUAUCAGCCGCUGUGGCUGUUGGACGAUGACGUGAGAGCUCAUCUGCGAGCGCUUCAGGGAAGGUGAACACGUUGAAGUCGCGUCGUGAUAUUUCACGUCUCAUACAAAGCAAUAGAUGUCACUCGUUUAACAAGGUGACUGAACACGUUGUGGUGAGUUGGAACAGUUUGUUGGUGUGCGUGUGUGUGUGUGAGACCAUCAGCAGUUGCAGCUAUAAAAUAAUGGACUAUGACUUGAUUCCACAGUUAAUGCUAAGCUUGAUACAGUAGCAGAUUUUUGCUAAUUAACAAAUAAUUCUGUUUGUUUGUUUGGAUGAAUGGGUCGUCUGUCUGUCCGUCUGUCCGUCUGCCUGCCGUGUGUUUUGUAAAAGUGGCGUCUGGUUUUCUCUCUUUGCUUCCACCGUGUUGUCUUAAAGCGCAGCCUAAAUGGAGACAGAUGUAGUGAAGCUAGGAGUCGUUAUCUUGUCUUCAGACUGAUUCUUGCUGAGGUGUUUUAUUUCAUUCUGUAAACUUCCUCAUAAGUGAAAAAGGGGUGUGGUGGCACUGAAGAGGGUGGAGGUCUUGUUGCAGCAGCUGAUGGGAAAGUGUGAAAAACAUUCUCCUUAAAGGGUCAAUCUGUUGUUUUUCUUACUGUCAACAAAUCCCACGCCUGAGCCCCACUGUGAUGUCACCCUUUGGUUUGUGGACCACAUUUUUGAAGCCUCCAUUUUGGCAUCACAGCCAUCUUGUUAUUUGGAGCCAGAAGUGACCUGAUGGGACCCAACUGGAAACCUGAGGACACGCCAUGGUAGCAGCCUGUCAAUCACAAAGUAGUCCUGCCCUAAAGUGUUUCUGCUUUAUGGUCUGUUUGACUCCAAGCGGAACAAUAACUUACAAAAAGAACAUAAUGCUGCAGUUAAGAAGACCUGAAACCAGAGACUGAGACCAGAAUCACACCAGGAAACUGCUCACUGAGGUCAUAAAUCAACUGAGAAGUCCACUCGUUUUCUCAUAAGCUUUCAUACAGUCGGACUUGCGUUUGGAACCAGUGGAGCUGCCCCCUGCUGGACACUGGAGGGACUGCAGGAACUCUAAGGCACAGAGAGAUUUGUUGACGAUAAGAAACCACCACAAUAUCACCAGACUUCGCCUUUAACAAGCAGUUUUUAAUCUUUAUAGAGACACAAAGUCAUCACUAAGAGAUUUAAAUGAUUACACCUGUUACGAUCAAUAAGCAACGUCAAACAAGCAAAGGACGUCAUUGGACUGGACGUCACCUGUGGUUGGUUGGUUUUCUGUAGCCCCGUGGAGCCUGAAGUCCUUAAGGAACAAUAAUUCUUUAGAUUACAACCUGGAAAUAAAGAUUUAGUCAGGUUUGAUUGGACCAAAGAUGUUUAAGUCACCUGCUUUUCUUUUAUGUGUUUUAGUUGGUUUUUUGAUGUUUGUGUUUAACUCGGCUGUGUUGUUUGGAGACGUGAUGUUACGAUGAGUUAUGAGCCUGAGCUUUUGUUUUUGAUCAUACACGUGUGAUGUGAGGCUGAUACAUCACUUGUAUAUUUAAUUAUUUGACAUCUGGAUACCAAUACAAAAUAUGAUUGAAAUAAAUGUUUCAGUAUAAAAAGUCAUAUUUUAAGUAAGUAAAAUUUCACUUUCUGUUUAGUCCUAUUGUGUGCUUCAAUACCUUGUGGUUCACAAUGAUCAGUAAUUACUACAAGAAAUCCCAUUUUGCAGCCAAAUGGCAUCGCUUUAAGAUGUUUAAAAGACAAAACUCACCUGACCUGAUCACCAGUCAGCUGCAAGAUCAAACAGAUCUGCAGAUCCUGAUCCUCUCGGAGAGGAAACUUCGUUAAUGAGACAGAAGGUUUGUGUUUGUGAAUUCAUGAAACAGGAAACAGUUUGUGUUUCUUUGUGCAAAAGAUAAAACCGUGAGGUAAAGUGUACGGAGGCCUUAGUGUGACAAAUGAAAGCCCCCCGUUUUUCCCCACUGAGAUUUGGAAAAUAAGUUUUUAAAGGCUGUAAAAAAAAAUGUCUCUUUUGGUUCAUUUAAUUAAUAAAUUUAUUAUUAAAUAAAUUUAAUUAUUAGGUGGGACAUAAUAAAUACGGUUUGUAAAGAUUAAAAGACAUUUGAAAAAUAAUUUUACAAAUUACUUCUGUAAAAUUUCAUUUAAAGAGAUUAUUACAUAAUUACACAUAAAUAUAUAGACAAAUAAAUAUACAAUAAAUAAUUAAUUUAACGUUUAUUUCCAAAAGUAAAAUUAAAGUCUGAAACCUGAACAUUAAAAAUGUACACAACUGGAAACUUAAAAUGAAAAUUACUUUCCAAAAAAACAACAAAAAAUCAAGUCCUGCAAUUUUAGAAACUUUUUUUUUUCAAUAUUCCAAAAACAUGUUAGUUAAGUUCAGCUGGUUGUUUUCAGAUCUGAAAAAUGAAGACAUAAAAUCAAGUCGCUCUCAUUGAAUCUUUCAGUAGAUUUUAUUUAUUUUAGUGUUACCUUGGAGCCUCCGUAGGGAGUCUGCCUGCUCAGUGUGUGUGAUGAGUGUGUGUGUGUGUGUGUGUGUGUGUGUGCCUUCCUCUGAGCCUUGCAUGUCCUCCAGCAGCAGGACGUCCUGCACAGUCCACUGGUCAGCCUUAAAGCUCAGCUUCAGACCUUCACGCUCCUCAUGUUGAACCUGUCCAGUUUGUAAAAGGCGGCACAGCUUGAGGUUUACUUUCUUUUGCUUUCAGAUCUCUGCUGUAUGGAUAAACAUGCACCAUGUCCAUGUGUGUACCUGCUGAGUGUAUUUAUUUGAAAAGAGGAUUAAAUAUUUGUGGACAUCA